AUGUCCCUGAUUUUAAGUGUGUUCAAAACCAGUAUACUUACUGUUACAAACGAGAUUUUACAAAUCACAGUUAGUGUUCUUUGUGGGAUAUUUUGUGUAUAUACGGUGUUCCAUAUAGCUAAUGCUAUUCAAAGUACAAAAUAUAAUCGACAGAAACAAUCCAAUGUAAUCGCUUGCGUGGACGAAGUCUCAUCGGUACAGAAUCAAAGUCUGAAUCAGAGCGUGAAUGCAAUUACAAGUAGUCAACAUACAACUAAUCCAAUAAUUGGAGUAUCAAAUAAUACGGGGAGCCCAAAACCGAGUUCACCAGUUAUUACACCAGACACAAGUGCUAGUAGUAGUGCCCCCUCCCCUUCCCUAACUUCCUUGCGGCAGCAAGCUUCCAACAAAUUUAAUUCAAAAAUUUCAAAAGUGAUAACACGGAUUAACGCGCGGCGCAAGAGGUCGCCAUCGUCGUCAGUAAUGGAUCCAAGAGAAGCAGCAACGUCAUCAAGUUCGUUAGUCUUUUCAUCAUCAUCAUCGCUAUCGAAAGCAGUUGGAAUAACAUACUUGAAAACUUUAAAAGCUAGAGCAAGAUCGUCCCUGGAUGUCACGAAUAGUAGAGGAAGUCAACAGCUUCUGCCUAGUGUAUUUCGAGUUCGACCAAUGAGGAAUAACUCCUCGACUUCAGCUUCAUCUAUCCUUCGACAAUCUGGGUCUAACACGCCACAAACAAGAGCUUCAACUCCGGCCACGUUACGCUCGAGAAGCGUUUCCCUGAUACAAACUAACGAAACACUACCUCAAGACAGAGUUGACAAUAAUACAAACACGAUUGGUAGUGACCCUAUUUGGCUUACUAGUAACAAUGGAGAAAUUAAUUUGGACCCACCACCACCAUAUACAUUAAAUGAUCCAAUGGGCAUGAAUGAUACUCUAUAUAAUUCAACAGGUGAUAAUCUGAGUUUGAGUACAUCUUCUUCAAUAAGUUAUCUUGGAAGGCUUUUAUGGAAUGAGAGGGAUUGA